AUGCUAUCAAGGUUGUCAGGUCUUUACACUCAGUCGAGCCACUUUCGUGCUCUUAUUCUUCCAACCAUCCGACAGUUUUCGAAAACAUCAGCGAAUGCUGCACGAGGAAUCGGAGGUCGUUAUGCGCAACAGGCAAUGAUUUCGUUUAAUAUGUUCAUUUCAUAUUGUUUGGGUUUUGCCGUUCGUGAAAAAGUUGGGCCAACAUUGCGUGAAAAAUUACUCGGACCGACCACUGGCAAACCAUUCAUCUAUGGUACUUACGCAGUUGCUGGUGCAUCUGCGCUGGGAAUAGGAAUGUUGUGUUAUUAUGGGUUGGGUUUAUCGAAGGAAGCAAGUAUCAUGAGCCAAUCUGCUCUUUGGCCUCAACAUGUUCGUGAUCGACUAAAAUCUACGUACGGUUACUUGGCUGCAUCUUUAGCUGUAACGGCAGCCUCAGGGGUCGCGGCGUCCCGAUCGUAUACGAUUAUGCGUUUGAUGUCAAGUGGAAGUCUUGUGACAACAUUCGCAACGUUGGCCGUAAUCGUUGGAUCGGGAAUGAUAACACAGGCAAUCAGUUACGAUAACACAGUGUUGAAGCAUGCAGCAUGGUUGACACACGCGGGACUGUUUGGUGCUAUGCUUGCACCGUUGUGUUUCCUUGGAGGACCGGUGCUUAUUCGAGCAGCCUGGUAUACGGCUGGAAUUGUUGCAGGUUUAUCAUUCACGGCCAUCUCAGCACCAUCUGAGAAAUUCCUCAUGAUGACUGGCCCGUUAGCAAUGGGCCUAGGUGUGGUAUUCGUCGCGAAUAUUGGUACAUUCUUUUUGCCACCCGGGAGUGCUCUUGGAGCUGGACUGGCAUCAAUAGUGGUCUAUGGUGGCUUGAUACUGUUUUCAAUGUUCUUGUUGCACGAUACUCAACGAGUGGUGAAGUUGGCUGAAAGUUAUCCGGUUCAUAAUCGACCUUCUUCGCCGGCAUCGUAUUCAUACGGCAAUUAUGGGUAUGGUGUACAAGAUAUGGAUAUGCAACCGUAUUUGAAACGUUACGAUCCUAUCAAUGCUCAGAUGUCCAUUUAUUUGGAUGUGUUGAAUAUUUUCAUUCGAUUGGCAAUGAUAAUGGGAGGAAUGGGUGGCAAUCGAAGACGAAGGUGAAUGCCGAUUCCUUUAAGAAUCGCCUCGUCGCAAGACGGAAGAAUCAACGCUCUUUGAAUCGAACUGUUUCUUGCGCUCAUGAUAUUCUAUCAAUCUUGUGGUUUACAUCACUUUUUCGUUUUUCAUUCAUUCACUCUGAUGUGGUAGUUUGUGUGUAUAUUUAGUUAUAAUAAUGUUUUGGAAGCUGUCGUUAUUCGUGCGAUUAUCGUCUGCUUACAUUGUCAUCGUCAUUCUUACUUUCGUUUGAUUUCUAUUGGACAUUAUCGUUCAUUUGAUCGAAAUGGGCAGAAAUAUGCCAAUCAGAAAAAUGACGGUGCAGAUUUCUUCGCAAUAAUUUUGAAGUCUUCACUGAUCCUUUGAUCUUGAAAAGGCGCCGAUAUUGUUAAUUUGCUCCUCUUUGAAGUGAUCAUAUGUAAGUCAUAUAAUCGUUUGGUCUCUCGCAACAGAUCUUGUCUGAAUCAGUGAAUGAUUUGUGAU